UAUAUAUGGAAUAUUAAGUUGCGUGGAUUUUCACUGCAGCCGGAACCUACUUGAUUUGUGCUGCCUCGUCUUCGUCUUCUUCUCCUAUUCGUUCCUGUGCAAUUUCGAAACUCACAUGCCGUUGGUACAUAAAAUGCGCUUCUUCGUUUUCGACGUCUCUUCUCUCGAUUCCUUCUGGCCCAAUUUCACGUCGGAUUCAUAACACGAUCACCCAUCGUAAUCGAAAACCUAGUCGCUUAUUUGAAUUUCCUUUCCUUUUUCUACUUGUUGGGAUAAAAAGGCAGAUCUGAAUAAAUAAGAGCUGCCUUUUCUUUUUCCUUUAAUUUUUGUUUUUAAAAAUUAGAGCAAAGUUCUUUACUAGGACAAGGAAGAACUUUUAUUUUGUUUCGAUUUAAGUCCCUACGCUUUACAUUUCAAUUUAAAUCAAGUCCCUCAAUGUAUAUAUAUUCCCUAUAUGAGGACAAUUUUUUUUUUGGGUCAACAUACGAAGAAAUUUAUGGAUAUACGGUAAGUAUACAUUUUUUGUAUAUUUUAUACAAUAAUUACUUCUUAUCGUAUAAACAAAUUUACUCUUAUUUAAUUUUUUUUCUCCCUCUUCGUUUGCUGUAAUUAAAACUAGGUUAAGGAUCCAUACUACUAGUUUAAUAUAACAGUACUGAAAAACAAGUAUAAAAAACGCUACUAAUCAUUAAAAAAAAGUGUAAUUAGUUAUAAUCGACUAUUAUUUAUUUAUUUUAAUAAAUUACUGUAUGUUUACACUAAAUAAAAAAACUAAUUGAGGUUUUGAAUUUAAUAUGAGUUUGAAGUAUUAUUGGAAUUAGGAAGUAAGUAAAGGGGGGAAUUUGAGCCCAAUCAACCCAUUCUCAAAGUCCAGCCCACUGCAUGGCUUAGCUAACCCUUUUUAUAUUGAUAUUUCAUAUACGAAAAGGGGGAAAAACACAACUAGGGUUUCAACUCGAUCGGAGAGAGAGAUGGAUAUGGGUUGUUCUAGCAAGAAAAAAUCUGAAUUGCAGAAUGGGGAACCAGGUUCGAAGAAGGCCGUCAACGAUUUCCUGAGUGUGAUGAAAUAUCAAAGUAUGAAACGGGCGUCGAAAUCGAAUUUGGAGAAGAUGAAUGUUCAAAGGAUGAAGGAAUUGAAAUUGGAAGGGAUGAGUAAUAAUUAUCAAGAGGAGGAGGAGAAGAAGAAGAAAUUGGAACCGAUUUCGGAUUCGGAUUCGGAUUCUCCGUUGGACAUGCAACCACAUCUGACGGCGUUAUUGAGUGGCGUGCCUAUUGGAGGUCGCUAUGUAGUGUACAACCGAGAUUCCUACGAUUCCGAUGAUCCCGAAGUUAUCCGAUCGCUCAAACCCUAUGCUGAUAUGGCUAUUGACGUGUUCAACCAAAGACAGCCUAUCAAAUACAGUGUGGUGGGUUUUCUCAGAGCAAAAAAACGUAUAUGCGGCGGAUUUAUAACGCAUGUGGUUUUUACCGCCAAACCUGAUGAAUGUGAUGAUGUCAAAACUUUCCGCGCAAAUUUUCGCCAUACAAGUGGACUUGGUAAAGAAGUUACGUAUGUUGAAAUCGAACCCAAUCUCACUUAAUUAGCUGCUACAGGUAAUUGUUCUUCUUUUCAAUUAAUGUAAGGUAUUAAUGUAUUGGAUAUUAGAGAUGAGUUAGGACACUAUUGUUUAUUUUAGUUGUACUAUUAUUUUCAAAUCCAUGUUGAAAGCUAGCAUGCUAAACAUUGCAUUUUCAUGCAUUUACUUUGAAUGUUCUAUUAUGCAAUCCUGAGAAACUCUCUAACAUUGUGAACAAAUCUCCCGAAAAUACCUACUAUGGACUUAAGGAUUUGAAAAAGAAGCACCUACCAACUUGAGAAUGAUGUAUAAGAAUGUAACCAACUUGAGGAGGUGUAGAGGAGAAAAAACUAUAUUAUGUACAAGA